AAGAUCCUUCUCAGAAAAAAACGAAAAAAGUGAUAGUGCAAAAGAAUAAAAGUGUGUUCGCCCUGCUGUUGCGUUUGUCGUUUUGAAAGAGUUAUUAAAAGCAAAUCUUUAUCUCCACUUUGAAAUAUCAUCGUUGAAUUGAGUUACAACUAACUACAUUUUGUUUUUGGAAAAUUUGCGUGUUUCUUGCUGAAAGUUGUUUUUCGGUUUAGGCUGGUGGAACAGUAAACAAAAAAGGCUUUGCAUUACCAGAGAGAGAUUAGUCAUUUGUAUCGUCUGAGCUUGAAAUAAGUGAAUAUGUUGGCACUAGUCAAUCGAAUCCUGGACUGGUUCAAAAGCCUUUUUUGGAAGGAAGAAAUGGAACUAACACUCGUGGGUCUUCAAUACUCCGGAAAGACGACUUUUGUUAACGUAAUUGCUUCUGGACAAUUCUGCGAUGACAUGAUUCCAACAGUUGGAUUUAAUAUGCGCAAGGUGACCAAAGGAAACGUCACCAUAAAGGUGUGGGAUAUUGGUGGCCAACCGCGUUUCCGAUCCAUGUGGGAGCGGUACUGUCGCGGAGUCAACGCCAUUGUGUACAUGGUUGACGCUGCAGAUCUUGAUAAGAUGGAAGCUUCCCGAAAUGAGCUGCAUUCGUUGCUGGACAAGCCACAGUUGGCCGGCAUUCCGGUGCUUGUGUUAGGUAAUAAGCGGGAUAUUCCUGGAGCACUCGAUGAGACUGGAUUAAUCGAAAGAAUGAACCUCUCUAGCAUACAGGAUCGAGAAAUAUGCUGUUACAGUAUCUCUUGCAAAGAGAAAGAUAACAUCGAUAUCACAUUACAGUGGCUGAUUGCCCAUUCCAAGAGCCAAAGUCGUUAAGCGCAUAACAGUGGCAGAUUUAAGAGACGGAGAAGGAUCGAGGGGUUGACUCGCAGAGCCGUACCUCGAUUAUCUACCAUAUUGUAGAACUUACUAAUACAGAAUAGAGAGAUAGGAUAACAUGCUGAUCACAGUUCAAGAUUGUCGCUUUACUACUAUCUAAAUCCUGCAGUAUUUCUAUUUGAAUCUCAUGGUAUGAUUUUGCCAGAGUCGUUCUAGGUUGAAAUAACUUUGAAAGGAAAAUCCAGGUUGAGAUGACUUUGAAAGGUAGGCCGCAGGAUUAGCAUAAGAGUAAAUUGUCAAGUUUGCGAUACUUGUUUUGAAUUUUAACAAUAAUAUAGAGAUGAUGAACGGUUAAACCAUAUUCAAAUCGAAAUGCCAUCACCUACAUCAACCAAAUUCUACUCUUGACAAUGACAAAUGUCGAGCUGUUGAAGCACGCGUAAUACAUAGACGGACCUAACUAAAGUUGAAUUACACUAGGUAUCUUUCUUGGACGAGAUUACUUUACAAAAAGCGCUCUAAAUUAUUCAAAACAAACUAUGCUUUCAAUAAGCCGUUGUUAUAUGCAUAGGAAUGAAGUAAGGGCAACGGUUGUGUCGCAAAACCAAUAGACGGAAGUGAUUUCGAUAAAGUUAGUUUAGACUUUUACUUGGCAUAACUUAUUAAGAGAGGAUGAUCUGCGUGAGUGCGAUGUACGAGCGAAUUGAGAUCCAAUCAUAGCAGAAAUAUUCAAAGCUGGUUUAAACUUUUGAUGAAAACAAAUACAAUUACAUAUAGCAUUACCGACGUAUCGAAUUUCAAGAGAAAGGAACCAAUUCAUUUAAAGUUAAGCAUUCAAUCAUAUGUUCUUUUUUUAUUAUUUCAACGGUUUAUAAAAAAAUUCCGAACCGAUUUCUUACCUUUGGUUCCUCACAGUGAUACACGGAUGUUGAAUAAUAAUAUACUAGUUAAAUAGUUAAAUAUACAGCGAACAGUGCAGCCAUACUAACUAGUUUCACAAUACAGUUGCAAUUAUUAAAAUUCCCUUUUUUAUUUCUCUCUAUCUUUUGCAAUUGCUAUCAAAUCUUUUACAUACACCUAUAUUCCAUUGAGAUGCGACUGCGUUGUUAUCAGUUUGAUGCGUAAUUGCGCCAUGCUUGUUUGUUAAUGUUUCGCGGAUGAAACAAAAUUCGGAAAUGAGGUAAUUUAUCAUGAGAACAUAAUAAAUAUUCUCGUUAUAGUAGCUGAAAGAAAAAAAGGAAAUAAAUUAACAAAUUAAACGCUGCGGACGGAUAUGAAUAACGAUCAAUUGAUUACCAAAAAUUUAUACUGUAUAUAAUGACAACAUAUGAUAAUAAUAUAACAUAUAUGA